AUGAGUGAAGUUUCCCGCCAGGCUACAUCUCUGGAAUCUUUGAAUGCGAACGCCAAGGAGACGAAUCAGCUUCUCAACAAAGUGAUUGAGGCUGUAUCCAGUGCCGGAACUCCUCAGACGCCUAUGACUCCAGUUGUUCCUGCUGCAACAGCGAAGGAAGCUCCUCCUGUGAAGGCGAGUGGACAACCCAUGUUUCCUGGAACGAGUGUUCCGGUACCACCCGGCGUGCCAGGAAUGGCUUCUACCGGAAUGGAUCCUUCAGGGAUGACAGCACCAUGUGCCACGUUGGGCACGGGUGUUGUUCCCGGAUAUGGGAGCGCUCCACUUGGAUCUGGAGGGCGAGCUGAGCCUAUGCACCCUGUUCCGCCUGGAUUGAAACGAGUGAGGUUGAUGGAUCCUGAGAGAGCCUGA